AUGGAUCGGCGCGACGGGGCGGGCAAUCGGGGCCGGAGCUACGCGCGCGGCAACGCCCGAGGCCGAGGAUGGCCGGGCCGGUGUGAAGACCGCGGCCGCCCCUCCACACAACCUCCUCCCUCCACCGCCCCCGCCGCCGCGGUCAUCCCCAGCGACGCCCAGCCGAUCGUGGGCACCUGUCCCGACAUGUGCCCGGCUACAGAGAGAGCGCAGAGGGAGCGGCUCCGAGAUCUGGCCGUGUUUGAGCGUGUGAGCAGCGACCCCAUGCGCACGUCCCAUUCCCUCGCCGUCAAGAAGGUGAGCCGUCCAUGA